GUUUUAUUUUAUUUGCUAUUUAAUUUUUUUCGAGCGUCGGGAUCAUGAUGCGCGAAGCUGUUCGCCGUUUGCACAUGCGCGCUCUUGUGGUGUUAUGGCUCGGGGCUCUUCAUGGAGGUAGAAAUUGUGAAGCCGCCCCGAACCCUUCUUCACCGCUGCAAGGCUCCAGCUGGGGCAACCCGCGGAGAUAUGUGCACCUGCGCGCCAGCACCGAGUUCAACAACUUCUACCUGGAGAUCAGCUUGACUGGACACGUGCGCAAAACCACGCACCGGGGUUCAUACAGUGUGAUGUUACUGAAAGCCGAGAGCAGGGAACAGAUUGCAAUAUUUGGAGUGAAAAGUAGCCGGUUCUUGUGCAUGGACGCAUAUGGAAAUCUUUUUACAUCUGCAGUUUGCCACAGGGAUGACUGCCUCUUCCAUCACAAACUCUUGGAAAACCACCGCGACGUGUACUACUCUACCCGCAGCGGCAUACUGCUGGAUCUGGAUGGUGUGAAGCAGGUGUACACAGCGGGCCGCAAUCUAGCGCAGACGUCCCUCUUCCUGUCUGAGAAGAGCACGGUUCCGCUGGAGCGCCUGCAGCACCGGGAGCGACGGGACCGCCAGGCUGAGGUGCCCGAGUCGCAGCGCGCGCGCGCUCUCGCCUUUCUCGCCGAGGAGUCGGACUCGCGCGCAGCCCGCGACGACGACGCCGACCUCGAUGUGGAGCGCCCGGAGGAGCGCAAGAGCUCGCGGGGAACUUACGCGUCACCGAACGACGACGACCCGUGGGACGUGGAGCACGUCAGGAACCCCGGGAGCCCCCGGAUGUCAGGGACAGUGGGGUGAAGUCACUCGUUCCUUUAUCUUCAUCGUGAUUGGACCACGGGAAGUCUCACGGGGUUAAUUCAGAUAAUAUCUAAUAAUAUAGGACACGCGUGUCAUAGACGCUGAUUUUUUUUAAUUACAUAAUAAAUCAACUGGAAAUAAUUAUUAAAGGACAGCAUUUUGCCAGACUUGGAAAGAAAACACUAAAAGUUUUUCACCAUGUCUGAAUCCACCAAAAUUUCAAUAUUAUUGUUUUCAAUUGUGUUAAAUCAGCAGCACUUGGGGUUAGAAAGCUUUUUGGACAAUCAAGGUAAAAGAUCAUAAUCACGUGACUAUGCAAAAGCACGUGCUUAACUUAUCAUAUUUGUGAAUUAUAAUUAUAAUUAUUUACUCUAACAAACUAGACUUAGUUUUUAAUUUUCUAACAAAUAAACGUCAGCAUAGACAGCAAUACGGAAACACACACACACACACACACACACUGUAGUUCAGUUCAGUGCAUCUUUUCAUCACUUGGGUUCAAAGUUGGGAUUUUGUCUUGAGUUAAAACUAUAUAAUGUUUUAUAACCGCUUAUAACAAAUGCUCUGGUGAAAUAACAGGCUGAGGUCAUGUUUCUACCCAGACGCUGAUGAGGUUUUAAAGUUUUUAAGGACCAAAACCAAUGUUUCUUUAGUCUUAAGAUUUUUACAUCCAAAAAAACCCACUUUGAAUUGUUCAUUCUGUACCAGUCCAUAUACAUUUCAUUCCUAAUCUGACAAAAUAAACAACCCACUGGUGCAGGACGCCAACA